AGCACUUUGCAUUGUCUUUGUACUGAAUUGUGCUAUAUAAAUAAAUUUGCCUUGCCUUGCCUAGGCAGCUUUAAUAUUCCAAUAACACUUAUCCAGAAUCCUUUUAGUUUGAAAUCAGUUUUAGUUGGAGACAACUUGAUAUGGGUGUACAGACUGUUGCUAAUCUAUAGUAUCAUGUAGUAUCGUGCUGCCCCGGCCCCAUAUGUUCCUGCACACUGCCAAUUAUCUGGCAAAUUAGGCCAUGGAGCUUUUGGCAUACUUACAGAAAAGACCAAUUGAGCUAUUUGGAAACGUUUCUGGCUUUGAGAAACUGCCUGUCAAGAUAUAGAAACUAAAGGAGCUUCACUCAUCACUGUUACUAUGGUAAUACUGCAAUGCUGUUUCAGCUAUGCAUUUCUAAAAAUAAAGAAAAGCACAGAGAUACUGUGAGCCUCAGUUAAAACUAACGUAGCCUUUUGGGAAGUAAGAAGCUGGUUGACGAGCUGUAUUGAAUUGAAGCAGUUUGGUCAUGGCAUGUUUUUUUUCAUUUAAACCUUGUUAAUCGUGUUCACAUUGUCAAAAAGUGGAAUUUUUACUCAAGGUUUCCUGCUGUAUCUCAUACCGGUGUGUGCCUUUUAUGUUUUUAUUGUCAUUUCAUGUAUGUCAGCAGUAUGAAAUCAAACCGUGUUUCUCUGAAGGACAUUGAUGACGCAGUUUUGUCUUUUAAAUGUUGGGUUACUUGUUCAGCUAUGUUUUACCUGGCCCGGUUUCAGUCUCUAUGGUAACCGACUGCUGUAAAUGCCAAUGAGCGGAGGUAGUCUCUACCAGGGAAGCACCGUUGUUGUGAAAUGUUGUUUUUUUAGUGAUACGAUGGAAUUUCUUAAAUGAACAGUGUUCUGGAGUGGCUCUUUACUAGAGUGGUGUUUGGGUUUGUGGGGAUCUUAAUGUUUACAAUGAUUUACGUCAUAGCCAUGCAAUCUGUUGCAAGAAGAUACGAUGAAUGUGUGACACAACUUUCAAAUACUUUAUAAAAUCACUUAUCACAGUAAAUACUGCAAAAAUAUAGAUUUUUUUUUAUAAGGCCAUAUCAAUGAUCUCUGAUCUCUACCACCUCUUACAGCUUUAGAUUCAGAUCUGACAUUCACCACAGCAUCAGGAUAGACAGCUACAGCUCUUUUGUGUUGACAGCGGGAAUGUUGGCUGUCAGAACUUUAAGAUUCAAAUAUGUUGCUGUGGAGACGACCAGAAACAAAACAGCCUCUGACUCAUCUAUAGCUGUAGGCCAGGGUUAGACAAAUUAAUCACAUUUAAUUAUACUAUGUGGUAUACUUGAUAGUCAGAGACCAGGAUGUUAGUUAGAUGGAAGAUUUACAAGCAACAUUUAAAAGUAAAUCUUAUUCUAGAAAGUAGAAGUUAUAAAAAAAAAUUUCCCCAUUCUUUAAGUCAGUUUUUCAUAUGAAAUGUACCCAUGUCUGGUUUAUUUAUUUCUUCGUUAGUUUGACUCAAUAAUAUGAUCAUUGGUUUGAAUCAGAAAGCUGGAAAUGGCAAAAAAGAAAAAAAGAAAAAGUUUGGGAAAUUUGGCCAAAUAAUAGAUGUUUUCACAAACAAAUAAACAAGCAUCAGUGGAGAGGAAACUCUCAAAUAAAUUAGGUGUUCCUGAAAGAAUAGUUCAGUGGAAAGCACAAAGGUUCCAAGUAAAAAAGAAAAGCCUAUGAUGUCAUCAUAUUAGUUCCGCUCCCAUGAUGACAUCAUGACAGCGUCAUAGUCACAUUGUGAUGUCAUCGCUUCUGUGGAACUCCUUCAGAACCCGGAAGUUCUGUUAGUUUUGAUCAAGUCCACUUAGCGUGCACAUCUCAGCGAAUUACUCUGACCGAUCGAAACUACUUCCAGCAGCUUUCAGUCUUGAACUUGCAAGUUUAGUAGAACGAAUUUUCACUUCUUUCUAAGCACAAUGGCGGAUUACAACAUGAGUACAAAGAUAGAGGGAAUCACCGUCACUCCACCGACCACCGAGACGGACAAGAGGUUCAUCGGCAAUUAUCUCUUUGUCCACCGUCUCUACAAGACAUAUCAAGCCGAGAACGUGGAGCUUAAGAAAAACGCAGAAGCAAUGAGCCUUCGCCUGGCCGAGCUCCAGGCUGAAGUAGAAAAACUCAACCAGCAGCGGCAGACCCAAAGCAGAGCCAGCGAGGGAAAUGUGCGAUCCCCAUACAAUCCCGACGAGGUCCACCGUGAUAAAAAGGCUUUUCAGGUGCUGUGCUCGGAGAACAAGUAUCUGCGUAGCCAUGCGGAAGGUCUGAGAAUAAGAGUUACAGAGCUCCUAUCAGAGAGGGACAGUCUCAUGGAAAAGGCCAAACGUCAGGGGCACGCCGGUUCUGAAGCCGCACAACUGGAGCAGGAAAAGAUCGACGCAGAGAAGAAAUCUCUGGAGGAGACAAAAAGUAAAAUGAGAAAAUACUCCCGGAAGCUGAAACAAGAGAAGGCAAAUCUGCGAAUGGAGGAAGCAGCCUUUGCGGAAAAGAAGGAGGCAGAGAAAGGUAAAAUCACACUGAUGGAUAAGACAGAGUUUCAGGAGGAAAAGAACAGGCUACUCGAGUUUAAAGCACUGAAAGAGGAGAGGCAGAGCUUGGAAGCUCUAAAAGAGGAGAUUGAGAAGCAGAAAAAGGAGAUUGAGAAGCAGAAAAAGGAGAUUGAUCAGGCAAAAGAGAAACUAGAGGCAGAAAAACAGGAGCUGCUUACAGAAAAAAGCGAAUUGGCGGCAGAGAAACAGCAACUGGAGGCUGCAAAGCAACUUUUCGGACAGGAGACCAGAGACCUGAACGAGGAAAAGAUAAAACUGCGCCAAGAGAAAGACGAGAUGGAAGAAACUAAAAACAAAGUCAAACAAGCCAUCGAAAAGCUGAGAGACGAAAAGAAGAAGCUUAAGAAGGACCGUAAAGAAAUGGAGAACAACGAGCAGGAAGUGAAGCGACUGGAAGUGAAGAUGAAAGACGUGGAGAGGGAGAAAAGAAUGGUAGAAUAUGCCAAGAUAAAUGCAGAGCAGGAGGUAAUGGACAUCAAGAAGGUUCUGGAUGAAGAGAGGAAAACCUUUGAGGCAGGAAAGCAAAAUUUAGAUCGAGAAAAGAAACAGCUGGAGCAAAUGAAGGCGAAAGUUGACAAGGAGAGUAAAGAUCUGGAGGUGGAAAAGAGAACCCUGGAGGCUCGGGUUGAGCGAUUGGAAAAAGAACAGAAAGACCUGGAGGAAGAAAAGGAAAAUGCUCCAGACGGAGAAAACUGGUCUUGAAAAAGAAAUGGAGAAGUUUGCUAAAGAGCGCGUGAAGAUGGACGGCGAGAGGAGAGGGAUUAUGGAAGAAAUAUGCAAAGAGAACCAGAGGUUGAAUGAAAUAAAACAGCAAAUUCAAGUCGAAAUGAAAAAACCUUCGAAGAAAAUUACAGAGAAAAAAAGGAAAGGCUUUUGGAGCUGUUUGUGUUUAUAGUUAAACCAAAAAAAAAAGGACUUUUACUUUUUCAAUCUACAUUAUUGAACAUAUUGUGGAACAAAGGUUCACCCUAUCUGUAUAAUCUGUAUAAUUUGAAUGUCCUUGUAUCAAAACACACAAAAAAAAUCAUUUUAUGUUGAUUAUUAAACUUAUUGUGGAACAAAAGCCAUAGGGCAGCACAGUGGCGUAGUUGGUAGUCAUAUUGCCUUUUAAGCAAGAAGGUCCUAGGUUCUAAUUCUGGCCUGGGGUCUUUUUGCAUGUUCUCCCUGUGCAUGCGUGGGUUCUCUCCGGGUACUCCGGCUUCCUCCCACAGUCCACAAAAACACGACUAUUAGGUUAAUUGGCCUCUCUAAAUUGCCCUUUGGUGCAUAUGUGUCAAUAUGUAUAAUUGGCUAUAGAAAAUUGAUUGAUGGGUGAACUGUUCCAUUAAAAAAAGUAGUAAAAAACAAAAACAAAAGAAACUUCAAAGUUUAAAUGUCCUUUUACUAAUCCUCUAAAAAUAUCUAUGGAAAUGAAAUAUCUUAUUGUGAAACAAAGGUUCUUGUUGCACUGACUGUCUUAACCCUCUGUAUAAUUUUAACAAUCUUUACUCUUUUAUUAACAAAAAUACAUUUCUAAAUAGAAGAAAAAUAAGCAAUUUUAAAACAAAUAUUUUUUUUAAUGAACAUGUCAGUGGGACCUUGUUUUCUCUAACGUUCUAUGAAUGUAUGUUUUCUAAAUAAAUCAGAAUUUGCAAAAAAAA